GAUACUUAGCCUGGACUCAGUUGGGGUAGCUUGGAGCUUGAUGAGGUUUAUCCGGUUGCACUGGUAGUCAUCGGCUCGUAUACACCGAGGAGGCUUGGCUUGGCUCUUUCACGAGUGUACAAAAGGACAGUCGAGGAUUAGUACACGAUGAAGAGCAUCAUCGCUCCAACGAUGCUGUUGGUGGCUGCGGUGGAAGCUGGGUUGUACAAGUCUAAGACUCCGCCAAUGGGAUGGAACAGUUAUAACCACUAUAACUGCAAUCCCAGCGAGCAGAUCAUGAAGACCAAUGCUAAGGGGCUCGUCGAUUUGGGCUUGGCAGAUUUGGGCUACGUAUAUGUCACGACCGAUUGUGGGUGGAUGGCAAAAGAUAGAGACUCCGACGGCCGUUUACAAUGGGAUACUAACCUAUUCCCAUCUGGAGGGAAAGCCCUGGGCGAUUAUAUUCAUAGCCUGGGUUUGAAGUUUGGACUCUACUCCGGAGCAGGAUAUUACCAAUGUGGUUCGACGGAUCUACCGGCUUCUCUUGGAUUCGAGGAGAUAGACGCGCAAACGUUUGCCGAGUGGGAAGGUGAUUCUUUAAAGUACGAUAACUGCUACUCUUCCUCCCGCACGGUCAUGGCGGACUAUACAUCGCCAGCUUCUACCUCGCCCUCGCGCCACCAGAAGAUGGCUGCGGUCUUGGAAGGUGUAGAUCGAGACAUAGCCUAUUUCAUAUGCCAAUGGGGUGUUGGCGAGGACCUGGGUGUUUGGGCCUCGCCUAUCGGCAACAUCUAUAGAAUCAGCAACGAUAUCUAUAACUCGUGGAGGAGUGUAUGGAGAAUCACGAACCAGGCUGUGCCGUUUUACAAGACCACUACGGUUGGCGCCUAUCCCGACUUGGAUAUGUUGAUCAUCGGUCUCAAUGCCCUGUCCCUAGAGGAAGAAAAGUUCCACUUCAGCAUGUGGGCAAUCAACAAGUCUCCUCUCAACAUCGGCGCCCCAGCCGACCCGAGCCUGAUCCCGGCGUCCUCCCUCGACGUGCUCCGCAACGAAGAGGUCAUCGCCAUCAACCAGGACCCGCUGGGCAAGCAAGCACGCCUGAUCCGGCGAUACACCGAGGAAGAAUGGGAUAUCUGGGCGGGCGAACUCUCCGGAGCGCGUACUGUACUCGGCAUCGCGAACUGGCGCAACGACUCGCAGACUGUCGAGGUCGACCUUGCCGCCGUGCUUGGUGUCGCGUCGGCGAAGGCCCGCGACGUUUGGGCCGCGCAAGACAUUGGCGUCGUCUCCGGCGUCCAGACUUUUAAGCUUGCCGGCCACGAGAUGCGGCUCCUGGUCCUAAGCGACGUCGUUGCCACCACCGCAACGAUAGAGAAGUCCACGGGAACGUACUACGCGGCGACGAACGCGACACUCGCCGGCGGCGCAGCCAAGGUCUCCUGCGACGCGAGCGAGUGCGCGCCCGCCGGGGCCAAAGUGGGGAACAUUCUAGGCACAGCGGCCACCGCAGCAUUCGACUCCGUUGCCGCAAGGUCUGCGGGCUCCAAGGUCCUCGGCGUCGACUUCAUCAACUACGACAUCGCGCUCGACAGCGCCUGGGGCUGGGGCUCCAACACGCGCAACAUGACGGUCGCCGUCAACGGCGGCCGCGCGAAGCGGUGGGCGUUCCCCAUUGCGGGGGGUGACUGGUUCGAGAGCGAUAGGAUGUUCAUUGAGGUUGAUGGGUUUGUGCAGGGUGAGGAGAAUAGCGUGGUGUUCUCGGCGAGUGGCAAUGCUUAUGCGCCGGAUUUGGUUGGGUUUGAGAUUUUUGAGUAGGGAGAGGGAGGGGUUGAACCGUUGAGGGAUGCUGUGGUCGCUAACCUACCUGUAGCUAGUUCAGUCUACUAGUAGUAGUAGUAGUAGUAGGUACCUAGGUACGUUAGGAUUCGCUUGUAUAAAAUGCUUUCCAUGAACUACCUAGUAUUUUCCA